GUCGGGAGCCGGCGAGACUUCGGUCCUCCGGGUGCGCUAGAGCGGCGCGAGCGCCUGUCGUCCGUGGCCAUGGAGGAUGAGAAGAGCUUCUCGGAUAUCUGCGGCGGCCGAGUGGUGCUGCGGCGUCGCUACUACUCGCCGUACUGCCGCGAGUUCGGCCUCAGCUCGGCUCGGCUGUCGCUACGCUCGCUGACCGCCGUUACCUGCGCCGUGUGGCUGGCGGCCUACGGACUCUUCACCCUGUGCGAGAAUAGCAUGAUCCUCUCUGCUGCCAUCUUCAUCACCAUCAUAGGCCUGCUUGGUUACCUCCAUUUUGUGAAGAUUGAUCAGGAGACUCUGUUAAUCAUCGAUUCACUUGGCAUCCAGAUGACUUCAUCCUAUGCUUCUGGCAAAGAAAGUACCACCUUCAUAGAGAUGGACAAGGUCAAGGAUGUUAUCAUUAAUGAGGCAAUUUACAUGCAGAAAGUGAUUUACUACCUCUGCAUUUUAUUGAAGGACCCAGGGAAGCCACAUGAGAUAUCCCAAGUAGUUCCUGUCUUCCAGAGUGCCAAGCCUCGGUUGGACUGCUUGAUUGAAGUAUACAGGAGCUGCCAGGAGAUUCUGGCACACCAGAAAGCCACAUCAACAAGCCCAUGAAUCUCAGCAUUCAAAGACCAGUGUUAUCUUUAUGGGAGAGGACUCCUAGACCAUAGUGGCUAGUUUAUUUUCUGUACUGUAAAAAUCACUAGGUGGACACAGUCCUGGGAAUCAAAAUGGAUGAGUGAUCUCAGAGCUAUAGAGGAGGCGGCUGGAACUUGACUCAGUGUUUUGAUAUAUUAUAAAGUUUCCCUUAUAGAUUUUAUCUACAUUACUAGUCAAGGGGAAACCUUAAGGAUUUUGACAUAUCAAAAAUAGGCCAGGCAUAGUGGCACAUGCUUUAAUCCAAGAACUCGAGGCAUAAACAGGUGGUCUCAAGUUUGAGGCCAUGCAGGGCUACAUAGUGAGGACCCCCUCCCCCCCAAAAAAGUAAUUCACAUGAAGAGCACUCUGAAGUUUCUGAGCACGUUUAUAUUUGUGUUAAUCUGUGGAGGAUUGAGACUGGUGCCAGAUUCUACAAGAAAAAUAGAGUUUCCAUCUCCAUGGACUCUUGUCUAAAAGUUAGGGAAAGAAUAAGGUUUUUUUUAAUGUAUGAAUUAGCAAGAAUAAAAUGCCUUACAAAGGGCUAGCCUCUGGCCAUAGCACCUAUGACCUCUGCAGGAUGACUCUUAACCCACAGUUGAGCUAGAGGUGUUAUGGAUGCCAGUAAUCCCAGGACCCAAGAGGUGUCAACAGGAGGAUUGAAGUUUGAGGCCAGCCUGGGCUACAGGGUGAGGCGCUGUCUCAACUCAAAAAUAAAUAAAUAUCCAGAACACACAGGAAUUGCUGGUUCACUGACAGCUUUUUAUUGACAGGCGUACACAGCACUGCAGCCAUGGGUGUCAAGCACAUUAGUACCUUUCUGUUACUUGGUAUUUUCUAUUACUUCAAAAGCUGCUGGGACCAAGAGGGCUUAGAUGAAAAGUCAGAGAGUUCAUGUUGGUUCCCAGACAUGGGACUGUCACAUUAAAGAAUUAAGAAGCCAGUUUACAGAAGCUUUUGUUUCUAAGGCAGUUUCUGGAAUUCCUAGAGAUCAGGAAGGAGAAAGGGAGCUGGGCUAGGCAGUGCAGGCCUUUAAUCCCAGCACUUGGAAGGCAGGUGGCUUUCUGAGUUUUUGUCCAGUCUGGUCUAUAUAGUGAGUUCAGGACAGUGAGGACUUCCUAGUGAGGCCCUGUCUUAGAAGGAAGAGAAAGGAAAGGAAAGAAAGGAGAGGAGAAAAUUUAAAGAGAAAAGGAGGAAGCUAAUCUGACCUCCAAGUCUAGUACAAACAGUUCUAUUCUUUGUAACUCUAUUACAAAACAAUAACAACCCGAGAGUAGACCAUAUCCUUUUGGGCUUUAAGGGCCCCUUGGAAUGUGGCCCACAAGAACUGCAUUUUCUGCCUUUGACACUAGCCUGGAAGGAGUUGUCAGGACCCGAGAGUGAUGUGACGUGAGGUAGACCUGUGUCCACUAGAACCCCAGGACCCAAUCCUGGGGCAGGAGUUGACAUUGGAACAAAAAUGGCUCCUGCCUGUCAAGCUUGUUUAGGCCUUUGUAAAGUCAUGUUUGUCAGUCCAGAGGAUAAGAAAUGAAAGAUUACAGCAGCUGAGCCAUUCUGACAAACUAAUUUGUAGUGUGCAAUAAACACAUUGUUGGGUUAAAAGCUUA